AUGCAAUCAGCAUCAACCCUCAUCUGUCUGUGCCUCCUCCUACCCUCCCCCUCCUCGCUGUCGCAUCGUAUCCUGUCUUUGCCGCCGCAGCGGUUGUGGAGAAUGCGGAAAAGAGGAGGAGGAAGACGAGAGAGUGCUGAAGUUGGCGAUGUGAGUGACGCCGAAGAAAGUGACGAUGUGGUGGCAGACGUGUUUGAGAUGCAGAGCCUUGGCGUAUCCAACGAGGCUGAGGAGAACGAAUAUGUCCUCAUACCAGCUAAGCCGCGACGACGAUGA